UAGUGCUAAUCUACAGUGCACGGCAUUCGCAACUAACUUUUUACUAUAUAUUUGAUGAGUAAUGACUGCUGCUGCUGAUCUGUCCAAUUUUCUUCUCGGCUGUUGCGGAUGCGGGUUAUGCGGUUUACGUGUGAUCCAGUGUAAACAGAGCGGUGGGCGUCGCGAAAUUUUUAGGAUGCCCUUGCAAGGUCUUCUCAGGCGUGCUUCUGGAAUGCUAGGGGCUGGUCACAACAUUCAAGUUAAACCUUCUCAUGGAGACGGGGAAAUUUUAUUCUCCAAGAAUAAUGUGUGUGUGCACACUCCAUCUCAAUUUCGGAAUGAAGGCUCAAGUAUUCAUCAUCCAGGAUACCUCGUAGUGCGCUGUCGACACACCUGCAAGAAUAGUAAUUCAAAUGGGACCACUAUCCAUGAAGAAACUGAUGCCUGCUCUGCAAUUGAUCCCAAAGACUCUGAGUUGCUCCCAUUUGGAAGCUCUAACACCACUCUUACACUCACGUGGAUCCCUAAUGAAAAGCUUGCUAAAAAUCAUGAUCUCAUAUCACAACUCAAUCCUGAUGUGUGUGGCAGUGCAAGCCGAAGUUGUUCUCCCUGUCGCUUCUCUGACUGUGAAAGCAUAUCGUUGUCCUCUUACUGCUGCAACACCGACACUCAUUGCACAGCUUCACUUGCAAGCAAAAGUUAUGAAGAGAGUACAGCAUUGGUGUCUUCUGAGGCAUCCACCACUGAAGCAUUGAGUGAAAACCCACUUCAGCCAAGAGGAUCAUGUAACCAAGAACAUGAAAUUUCUUCUAAUCCAACUUUUGGCCCGCCCAUUGAUAGUGCUGAUACUUUGACAUCUCACGCUUUGGACACUUCUCCCUCUACUCCAUCAAAUGAAUGUGAAUCUGAAGCUGAUAAAGUCUCUGAGACCUACCGAGACUCGGGUGUAGUUGCAGAUAGUGUUGCAGACACGUCAUUCAUUACUGAAUUAACUAAUACUUCUUGUAAUGACAAUAACAAAGAAGAUGAGGAUGAAACUGGCGUGUUCUUGUCCAGUGGAAGCAGUGGAAAUUUGGGAGAAAUUCAAGAUCUGGUUAUCGGAGCUUUGAACGACAAUAGCUCAACAAGAUCUGCCUUCACAGAACUUUCCACUAACAAUGAGACUCAUGAAGUAGAUGAGAAUAACGUUUCAUCUAUUAAUGUUGAGGAAAAUCUUCCUGUCUCAGGCGUUGAGGCUGGAAAUAUUUCCAAAAUCAACUCUAGCAGCUCGGAGUUGAAUGCUGAUGAAAGUUUUUUAGAGCUCAAAAAGCUGAAUUCCAAUCUCACUAAUGGAGAAGCUUUGCAUUUAGAAAAGGCUCCUCAUGAUACCAGCUUUGAUUCUUCGCCAGAGCCCCAUAACCCAACUUAUGAAGCAAUUUAUCCAAAUGAUCAAGAUGGAGUUUGGUUUGAAGGCAGUGCUGAGAGCAUGGCAUAUUCUGCCAAUCUGGCAUUUCCGGAGUGGCCCCCCUCAAUGUCUUCAUCAUUUAGCUCAGGCGUUUCGCAGAACUUCAGUGGUGUAUCAGGCAUCUCAGGAGGUGGUCGAUUUUGUGCAGCUCCUUCAUCUCAUAAUGAGGGCUGUAAUUGUUGUUUCAAGAACACGUCUCAUCAUAGCAAUAAAGUGGCCAUCUUCAAUGUUGAUCUUGGAGAGAUGCGCUCAUUGCGGCUGUUCUUCAGUGAUGGUACAGGAUGCAGAGGUCAGCUCGUCAUUGCAAGCAAGGAGAGUCAGUACAAGAUCCUGCACUUCCAUCACUCUGGCCUUGAUAAACUUGCUGCUGUGUUUGAAGACUGGAAUUUUCUGGUCAAUCCUCGAGAUAGUUCAAGUGGGAAUGGCGGUCGUGCAUGCAAAGAAACUACUGGUGCGUCAUGUACGGACGACUCUGCUAACGGAAGGACCCCCUUUAAGCAGUUUUCAGUAUGCAGACCCACGGUAAUGGCUCAGGAGCUUCAUCCUGAUGAGGGCACUGUAAGGGAGCUAGAUGCAGAAGACUGGCUGGCAUAUUUUUCUGAGUCUGGCGUGAUCGAAGACGACGUCAGUCUACGAAGACGUAUUUUCCUCGGUGGACUGGAGCCUCAGCUGCGGUCCAGCGUGUGGCCCUUUCUGUUGCACUGCUACCCUUACUCGUCUACCUUCGCUCAGCGUCAGCAGCUCACUGACCAAAAUAGGGAACUCUACCAUAAGCUCACUGAGCGUCGUGAGAAACUAGAAGGCAUAGAACGGGAGGAGUUCUGGAAGUCAGUUCAGUGCACCGUUGAGAAAGACGUCGUCAGGACUGACAGGACGAACCCAUGCUUUGCUGGCAACGACAAUCCAAAUCUCACCAAAAUGAAGAAUAUUCUACUCAACUUUGCCCUGCAUCGCCCUGACAUCGGGUACACGCAGGGGAUGUCGGACAUACUGGCCCCAAUAUUAGCUGAAGUGCGCUGCGAGCCAGAUGUCUUUUGGUGCUUCACUGGGCUCAUGAGCAAGACCACGUUCGUUACCUCGCCCACCGACACCGAUAUGGAAAAGAAUCUUAGUUAUCUUCGGGAGUUGCUGCGACUGAUGGUGCCGGAUUUUUACGAGCACAUCACUGCUCAGCCUGACGGUCAUUUCCUUCUCUUCUGUCACCGCUGGAUAUUACUAUGUUUCAAGCGAGAAUUUGCGGAGAAGAGCGUGCUGUCAUUAUGGGAGGCGUGCUGGAGCCAUUAUCAGACGGACUAUUUCCACUUGUUUGUGGCAGUAGCAGUUGUGUGCGUCUACGGACGGGAAGUUACAGAACAAAAAUUUCGGCCUGACGAGACUCUGCUGUAUUUCACAUCACUCGCUCAUCACAUGGACGCCAGUGUUGUGCUCAAAAAGGCUCGAGGUCUCCUACAUCAGUUCCGUACGCUAUCUCAGGUUCCAUGUGGUGUUGUAGGCCUUUGUGAACUCUGUGGUCCAGGAAUAUGGGACUCGGGUCACAACCCCACGUUCGUUUGUACGGGGCACCCCGAUGACGUCCCUUGUCCCGGGGAGGCGAGAUCCCGCGUAUCUGACGCCCAAGAAUAUACCGGAAUAUGUUCGUGAGUUCGCGAUUUUCCUGUGAGGAUUUUUGCGCUCUCUGUGCUGGCGCUAUAGCGUAUUGCAUGAUCUGUUACUUUCAAUAACAAAACUAAAAGCAAGAUUUUCCGUAUCAAGUUUGGCACAAUGGAUGUAGUUUUUGGGAAAGAACAAAAUGUUGAUUUCAACGUAACUACUUGAUCAAAAUAUUACAUUGACAAUAUAAUAAUAGUUACUAUACAAGUUGCCCGAAUUUUCAUCAUAACCUAAGCUCGGUUGGGUAUAUAAUAACCAAUGCAGAGACAUUCAGUUCCACUCGUUAUUGCUUUAAAUAAAUGUUCACAUGAAUAAAGUACGAGAUUUCGACAUGCUCUCUGACCAUAUGUGUAUCGAUGUUGCUAAGGUUGAACGAUUAUUCCAGUACGACGCAUUGUUACUGCAUGCCUCAUUAAGGUUUCCUCAUUAUUUAACAUGUAAACCAGUAAGCUGUACUUUGUCUGCGCUUGGACUGUGUAUAGUGCUUUUAGGAAUGAUUUGCUAUAUGUUCUCAAUGAGCUACCAAUUGAAAUCUUCGGCCCUAUUCUCACUUCGAGUCACCGACUUGUGGAACAGCCUUCUUGAUGGCAUCGUUGAUGCUCCGAGUAUGAACGCCUUUAAGAACAGUCUAGACGAAGC